GCUGAGGCGAGGCUAGCCGAGCCGGCCGGCGAGCAGGGGAAGGCUGGCUCCCUGCGGCGGGCGCUCGCAGGGCAGGCGGCGGCUGCGCCGGUGGCUCCCUGCGUUCCUGGCUCUCGGCUGCUGGGCGCCCCACGCCAUGUUCUCGGUGCUCUCCUAUGGCAGGCUGGUGGCCCGGGCAGUCCUGGGCGGCCUCUCGCAGACGGACUCUCGUGACUACAGCUUGGUGACAGCCAGCUGUGGCUUUGGCAAAGAUUUCCGCAAGGGCAUCCUCAAGAAGGGCAUGUGCUACGGAGACGACGCCUGCUUCGUGGCCCGGCACCGGUCGGCUGAUGUGCUGGGCGUAGCAGAUGGUGUAGGUGGCUGGAGAGACUAUGGGGUCGACCCUUCUCAGUUCUCAGGGACUCUAAUGCGAACGUGUGAACGUUUAGUAAAAGAAGGACGGUUUGUACCAAGUAACCCUGUUGGGAUUCUCACCGCAGGUUACUGUGAGCUGCUGCAGAACAAAGUACCUUUGCUUGGAAGCAGCACCGCCUGUAUAGUCGUUCUGGACAGGACAAGUCAUCGUUUACAUACAGCCAACUUGGGAGACUCUGGAUUUUUGGUAGUCAGAGGAGGGGAAGUAGUCCAUCGAUCCGAUGAGCAGCAGCAUUACUUCAACACUCCGUUCCAACUGUCCAUAGCUCCACCAGAAGCAGAAGGUGUUGUCUUAAGUGACAGCCCUGAUGCUGCUGAUAGUACUUCAUUUGACGUCCAACUUGGAGACAUCAUUUUGACUGCAACAGAUGGACUGUUUGACAACAUGCCUGACUACAUGAUUCUGCAGGAGUUGAAAAAGCUGAAGAACUCCAACUAUGAGAGCAUACAGCAGACUGCGAGAAGCAUUGCUGAGCAAGCUCACGAGCUGGCUUAUGAUCCCACUUACAUGUCACCGUUUGCACAGUUUGCAUGUGACAAUGGAUUGAAUGUGAGAGGGGGAAAACCAGACGACAUCACCGUCCUUCUGUCUAUAGUAGCUGAGUACACAGACUGAGCUGCCUGCAGCAGCAGUCCCUGUUUGCACCCCCAGCUCCAGCCCCACACCUGGUUUCCUGCUGGCAGGAUCCUUCCUUCCUUCACAGCCGAGCUCGGCAGCCGGUUCUCGAGCUCGUGGCCUGAAGCCCUUGUGAAGAACCACUCAUAGUACACUGGUCUUUGUCCGCCAGCAAGAGAUGAAGAAGCUCAAGGCUUGAAAAGCAUGUGUCUCAGAGCUUAAAAAGGGGGAGGAUCGAUCCCACGUCGUUACUGCAUUUGAAAUGUGACUUCCUUUCAAAGGAGUAGAAUUGGUUUCUCCUCUUUCAAACUAGAUUCAAUAGCUACAACCUCUCCAGGAGGGCAUAUUACUCUACUUACUAGAAACGUUCACUAUUCAUUAGAGGGUAUGUUACAGAACACAGUUUCAUAAGCAUAGUCUUGUUACAGUGAUAGCUGAGGUUUCGUGUUUCUAAGCUCCGGUUUUCAGGAGAUUUCUACCUGCUGUAAACAUUCUGCUCUUGCCAUCCAUGGUGUCAGCCUUAGGAGCCUUUUCUAGUACGGGAUUUCCAAGACAACAAUCCAUACUUAGUUCAAGUUCUAUGGAUGCAAAUGUGUUUUGUGAUUUCAGGUGCUUUAACUGUGAUCUUAAGAAGUUCUGCAGAUCAUCUGUCCGUGACGGGCCUGGUAUCGGGUGUUUGGGCUGUGGAGGGUUUUAAUUUAGUUUAAUUUUGGGUCAUUUUUUAAGUACAGAUUUUAGCUCAGCGCCAGCAAACUGAGCAGGGCAGAGCUGAGGCCCCUGCAGCAUCCGGCCCCAUCGCAUCAGCGUGGGGUGAUGUGGCACCGAGAACAGCUCAUCCUCAGCUCUGCCCUCACUUCUGGCAGCUGAUGCUGUUGUUGAGGAAGCUUAAUUUGCGGUCAGAAUUGCCACUCGUGGUGUAGAACAGAGCGUGCUGCACCCGUUGAGGUCCACUUGAUCCUUUGCCCCGCAGACGAGCACCUCUCUCUGCUUCUGCUGUGGCAGCAGCAGGAAGCACAGAACCUAUUAAUGAAUAAUCAGCUAAACUUACAUUUCAGUAACUCGAGUUUAGGGUUUGGGGAAUGAACCUUAAUGAUGUUUACAGUUCUCUAACAGCCACUUUGCAAUAUGACAUUUCCCUUCGAAUGACCGUAGCUCCCGUUCGUUCCCCCCCUCUUCCAGCAAGCUUUCCUUUUCCUUUCCCGAGGUUCAUACAAAACAAGCUGAUAGCUGUAAAGAUAUAUAUAUUUUUGGUCAGGUUUUUGGUUGUUUUUGGUUUUUUUUUUCCAUUAACUUUUUUUGCUGGUAGAAAAGUCUGUAGAAAUAAAUUAAAGCCAUGUUUUUAUAUAUAAAAAGUCGGGUAAUGUUGCUGUUUAGGUGAGUGCAGUUAAACUCGGUCAGUAAGUAAUCUUACCUGCUCUCCAGAGGAGAUUUUUUACUACCUGGUUUAUUGUAUUAAAACUGUUUAAGUUUGAGGUUACCUCAACUCGUUUAAAAGAAUUUUUGUGGACUUGUACUGUAUAUUUGCGUAACUAUGUCAAGCUUUUAUUUAAGGUCAUUUAACAUGUACCAUGUACAUGUCAUUUUACUAUAUUUCAAUGCAUCAUGCUUGUAACAGGCAUUUCAGUUAUAGUAAGUGAUUAAUUUGGAAGCUCUUCAGUAAUUUAUCUGCUAUUCCUAAAUUGGCAUCAUGUUAGCGAUGGAUUUUACAUCACCUUGUAAUUACUUGUCAAAAUGCCUUAACCACCCUAACUUGACCAAAAUCUGAUUUUGGUGAGGGUAUGGGGAGGAUGAUGUUAAUGAAGAAGAAUCCCUGAGUUUUGUGCUACCUGGAGCAGUGAGUGGUGGAGAACUUUGCACAAAUUGCCAGUCCUCGUUGUUUUCCACAACGGAACAAGCUGUUCCCGGCUGUCUCCUGGAAGGAAUGUAUCCAUGCUGCAGCACAGGGCUUUGUUUCUCGUUUGGGAGGGACGUUUCUCUCCCAAAUCUUGGGUGUCUUUUACAUUUACUCUCCAGUAUUUCCUGUCGCGCUUCUUGAUUAGAGCAGAUUUGAUCAACUCUUUUUUCCCUUCACCUUCCCUUCAAGCGAUGCCCCCAUAGACCCGGACUGCUGCACCUCUCAGCACGCUCAUCCCCAGCCCUCGGUAGUUUUUCCCCUCUCCGCUUCCUAGAGGUAGGCACGGGGAGACGUUUGCGGAGCGGAUGGAUGCGGAUGGUGAAGGCUCUCGUCCCCUGUGCUGUGCUCUGCUGCUGCGGCACCGGGAUCGGGGAUUCCCGAUGGGAAGCCGUUGGCCGCUGAGCAGUAUCCACAAAGCUGUUUGCCUCAUAUCACACCGUGAUUCUAGUUUUUGUAUUAAAGAACAAAUUGGGUUUUGAUUUACAAAUCAUGAGCUUAUCCCUCACCGGACACACCAAAGACCAGUAAAGCUUAUAGCUUUUCCAUCUGUUUAUAAAGCAAUACUGUAUUAUAAAGAAUUGAUAUUUUUAUCACA